GUGGCCAGCGGCCGGAGCUAGAUCCUGCUGCUGCAUGAGCUCAGCGAGCCCGCCGUCCUCAACCACACAUAUCACACCAAAAAUGUCCGGCAAGAGCUUCCGAGUCAGCGACGGGGACUGGAUUUGUCCAGAUAAAAAGUGUGGAAAUGUGAACUUCGCUAGAAGAACCAGUUGCAACAGAUGUGGCAGAGAAAAGACCACAGAGGCAAAGAUGAUGAAGGCAGGAGGAACGGAAAUUGGAAAAACUCUUGCUGAGAAGAGCAGAGGCCUGUUCAGUGCAAAUGACUGGCAAUGCAAAACAUGUGGUAAUGUGAACUGGGCUAGAAGAUCAGAAUGCAACAUGUGCAACACACCAAAAUAUGCCAAGCUUGAAGAAAGAACAGGAUAUGGUGGAGGUUUCAAUGAAAGGGAGAAUGUGGAAUAUAUUGAAAGGGAGGAAUCUGAUGGUGAAUAUGAUGAGUUUGGUAGGAAAAAGAAAAAAUAUCGUCGGAAGACCUCCUCAUCUUCCUCAAAAGAGAGUGAAAAGAAGGUAGUAGUGCCAAAACCUAAAGUUGAAGCUGCGGCAGAGGGGGGGGAGGAAGAAGAGGAGGAGGAGGAAGAAGAGGGUGACCUAUCCAAAUACAAACUGGAUGAUGAUGACGAUGAAGAAGAUGAAGACGGGGAUCUGUCUAAGUACGACCUGGGUGCCAGCGAUGAGGAGGAACAGGCCGCUAAGAAAAAGGGCAGCCACUCUGGCUCGUCCCGCUCCUCCGUGCGCUCCUCCAGCUCCAGCUCUCGGUCCAGGUCCAGGUCCCGCUCUGGAAGCUCUUCCAGUUCCAGAUCCGAAUCUGGCUCGCGGUCUCGCUCCAGAUCCAGCUCCAGGUCUGGAAAGGGCUCCUCUCCCCGGAAGAGGUCCCGUUCACCCUCCUCCUCACCCGAGAGGAGACAGAAGCGCAGUCGCUCCAGGUCCUCAUCUGGAGGGAGAAAACGGAGGCGUUCUAGAUCACGUUCGUCCGAAAGGUUUGGGUUUCUGUGGAAUACCACACUGGCACUGAUUAUUACAGCCAUCUGUCGGCUCGCUUAUUGGAUUUAAGAUUUACAUACUUAUGUUCACACCUCUGCCAUGAUGUUUUUUUUGUUUGUUGCUUUUUGUUUUUUUUCCUGGUGACCUUGUUUCAUGUAGUCAUACUAUGCUAACAAGUGAGUCCGCUGAUCUUGUCAUUCUUCCCAUGAUGUUUGUGUGAUUUCAGGGGCCGAGACCAUUCGUCUGGAUCGUCGCAUUCUGGCUCCAGUUCAAAAAAGAAAUAACUUUCUUAUAGCCUUGAAACCAACAAAAGGAAUCUGAACCGGAAAUGCAUGUUGUGUUUGCAAAGAAAACAACCACAUCCCUUCAGUAUGCUGUUCAUGAUCAUAAAAUCUCCAAAGUCUUAACUUCCCUCGAGACAGACGGGUGACAUGACUCCAUCCUGUCCUCCGUGUUAAAACCACAUACAUCCCAAGUGUUCGUAACUGUAGGUGUCCGAUUAACAAAUGUUUGGUCCUAAAAGAAAAUCAGAUGAACUCUGUGGAGCUUGUAUCAGUUUUUCGAUCCAAUCUGCUUGAUCUUGCCUCAGCAGAACAUUUAGUUUGUGGGCUGAAAUGUUCGGAAAUUGGAGCAAAGUCUAUUUUUUAAAUCUUAUGUUAUUUUUCUCAUGAAAACAAAACAAAAAGCAUCUUACUACUUAAAAUUAAUUUAGAAUAGCUGAGAUUUAGCUACAAGUUUUGGCCUUUUUUCUUCGAUUAUGUUUUCAAGGUAAGUAUUUUAAUUUUGGAUGUUUUAAUUGAAUGCAGUAAGUUCAACACUGAUUUAGGAUAAAGUGUACUUUAUUUACACAGUUGUGGCCUAUUUUGAAACCUUUGUAACAAAUUAUCUUUUUUGACAUUCAUCAAACUUUUUUUUUUCUUUUUUUUGCUCCAGUUUAGUGUGGCAAGAAAGGCUAAAGAUAAUGUGACAAUACAUUUUUUUUAAUUGGUAACAUCUACAAUGUACACGUGUAAAUAAAAUCCUUUCAACAUUG